UUUCCUUACUCGCUUACUCCCCCUCCUCCCAGGCCGAUGGAGCCGGAGUUCUGCUACGGGAAUGGCUCGUGUGUGAGGACGGUCUACCCUGUUGCUUUCCGUGCCGUCCUCUACUUAGGCCUGGGGUCUGCGGUGAUCCUCACAGUCCUGGGUAACCUCUUCGUGAUUGUGGCGAUCACUCACUUCAAGCAACUCCACACACCUCCCAACUACCUGACCCUCUCCCUGGCCGUAACCGACCUCCUCCUGGGGGUUCUUGUCAUGUUCCCUAGCAUGAUUCAGUCCAUUGAAACCUGCUGGUACUUUGGGGACAUGUUAUGCAAGCUCUUCAACAGCUCAGACAUCUUUCUGUGUAAUGCUUCUAUAUUGAACCUGUCCUUUAUAUCCAUCGACCGCUAUUAUGCCGUGUGCCACCCUAUGCUCUACCCCCGUAAGAUAACGGUUCACACGGCAGUCAUCAUGAUCCUGGUCACAUGGUGUGUCUCGUCUGUAGUCGGCUUUGGGAUGAUCUUCUUUAAGCUGAAUAUUUUGGGAAUGGAGGAGUUCUACUUUAACAACGUGGCUUGUGAAGGAGGGUGUGUUAUGUUGACGACUGGGGUGGCCAGCACGGUCUUUUCUAUGCUCUCCUUCUACAUCCCCGGGGUCAUAAUGCUGGCCAUCUACCUGAAGAUCUACAUGGUGGCCCAGAGACAAGUGCGCACCAUAGGCCUACAGAACACCAGCUCCUCCAAGGUGGACAAGCACCAGAGGAAAGCCACCAAAACACUGGCCAUCAUCAUGGGCGUGUUUCUGUCCUUCUGGUUGCCGUUUUUCCUCUGUUUCAUAAUCGACCCCAUCAUCGGCUACUCUGUACCGCCCGCCGUGUUCAACACACUCGUGUGGCUGGGGUAUCUGAAUUCCACUGUCAACCCGUUGGUGUACGCCUUAUUUUACAGUUGGUUUAGGAAAGCGUUUCAAAUUAUUGUUUCUGGUAGCAUCUUUCGGUCGGACAUGUCGGACACAAAACUGUUUGCAGAGUGACAGUGGUUUCAUGUUGAGGCCUCCAAGAAGAUGUGGGGCCAUGAAAAGAAAGGCUCAUCAUCUGAUGGGAGGAAAUUCCAAAUGUUUUCCCAUUUAUGUUUAUCAUCAUUAAAAUUACUUUUAUUUUUCAUGAAACCAAAAAUCAUCAUUUUUUGGAUAAAAACAGUCCUCCCUCACAACAGUGAAUCUAGGCUAGUUGUUUUGAUUUGCUGUCGGAAUAAAUGAAUCUCACAAAAAUAAAAAAUAACUAAAACGUGUAACAAA